UAGAGUUCUCCAAUACCCGACACACCGUCUGAUAGAGAUGGGGCUCGAUCUCGCAUGACAUCUCCAGCUCGGGAUUAUGAGAUGUUUGAAGAUGAAGGGGCCAUUCUGGGCGACAACGCUGAAGAGGAGGAAGAAGAUGGGGAGGAGCUUUUUAACGAUAAUAUGGAAGCUGAUUACCGACCAAUGCCAGCAUUGGAUAGGUACGAUGCUGAAGAUUUAGAUGAUGAUGAAUACGACCCGAUGUCUGUAGAGGACCGCGUCGCAGCUGAGAGAGAACUACAAAGGAGAGACAGGGAUGAAGGGCGAAUAAGAAGAGAUGAUCGAGAUUUGCUCUAUGAUGAAUCUGAUGAGGAAAGUGGUGACGCACCUAGAGCUAAACGUCGUAGGGCUGCAGAGAAGGCUGCCACCGGUUCUGAUGAGCAAGUAGAGGAAGGAAUUGAAAGUAUUGAAAACUUGGAGGACACUAAAGGAUAUUCCACUAAAGAAUGGGUGUCUAUGUUGGGACCGAGAACUGAGAUAGCUAACAGAUUCAAAAACUUUUUACGCACAUAUACAAACAGCAAAGGACAAUAUGUGUACAAAGAAAGAAUCCGACGCAUGUGUGAACACAAUCAAGCCUCAUUUCAUGUGGAAUUCGACAUCUUAGCUCGAAGGGAACAAGUACUCGCCUAUUUCUUACCAGAAGCUCCGUUCCAAAUGUUACAAAUCUUCGAUGAAGUAGCUAAAGAAAUUGUACUCCAAAUAUUUCCUAGUUACGAGCGUGUAACGUCAGAGAUCCACGUUCGUAUAGCUGAUUUACCAUUGAUAGAGGAAUUGAGAACAUUCCGGAAGUUACAUUUGAAUCAAUUAGUCAGGACUGUUGGAGUUAUAACGGCUACAACUGGUGUUUUGCCUCAAUUGUCUAUCGUGAAGUACGAUUGUAAUAGAUGUGGGUACAUCUUAGGGCCGUUCGUUCAGUCUCAAAAUUCAGAAGUAAAGCCAGGUUCAUGCCCGGAGUGUCAAAGCUCUGGACCAUUUAUGGUAAACAUGGAACAAACCGUAUAUCGUAAUUAUCAAAAGGUUACCAUCCAAGAGUCUCCCGGUCGCAUACCCGCAGGUCGUAUACCGAGGAGUAAAGAUUGUAUCUUACUGUCUGACCUCUGUGAUAGAUGUAAGCCAGGAGAUGAGGUUGACUUAACAGGCAUUUAUACAAAUAAUUAUGAUGGCUCUCUUAAUACUGAACAGGGUUUCCCAGUAUUUGCAACUGUUAUAAUAGCAAAUUACAUAGUAGUAAAAGAUUGUAAGCAUAUUGUAGAAUCUCUAACAGAUGAUGAUGUGGCUAAUAUAGUCAAGCUUUCAAAAGAUCCUCAGAUUGGGGAGAGAAUAGUCAAAAGUAUUGCUCCGUCAAUAUAUGGACAUGAUUAUAUUAAGAGGGGCUUAGCUCUCGCCUUAUUUGGAGGGGAACCUAAAAAUCCUGGUGAGAAACAUAAAUUAAGAGGAGACAUCAACGUUUUGAUAUGUGGUGAUCCUGGUACAGCUAAAUCACAAUUUUUAAAAUACACAGAAAAGAUUGCGCCCAGAGCCAUAUUUACAACUGGACAGGGUGCAAGUGCAGUUGGUCUCACUGCAUAUGUGAGGAAGAAUCCUACCACAAGGGAAUGGACGCUAGAAGCAGGAGCAUUAGUACUCGCAGACCGAGGAGUCUGUUUAAUAGAUGAGUUUGACAAGAUGAAUGAUCAAGACCGAACAUCCAUACACGAAGCUAUGGAGCAGCAGUCUAUAUCUAUUUCUAAGGCUGGUAUUGUUACAUCAUUACAUGCAAGAUGCUCAAUAAUAGCGGCAGCGAACCCUAUAGGAGGGCGGUACGACGCGUCUCUAACAUUCUCUGAGAAUGUGAAUCUAUCGGAGCCAAUCCUCUCUCGUUUCGACGUGUUGUGUGUAGUACGAGACGAGGCCGACCCUGCUCAGGACGCCCAACUAGCCCGAUUUGUAGUAAGCUCCCAUAUAAGACAUCAUCCGACUCAGAAGGGAACGACCAUAGAAAAUGCAACAACUGAUGAUGACUUCAUCUUACAACAGGAUCUGUUGAAGAAAUACAUUGUGUAUGCUAGAGAAAAUAUUCACCCGAAAUUGCAGAAUAUGGAUCAGGAUAAGGUGGCUAAAAUGUACAGUCAGCUGAGACAAGAAUCUUUAGCUACCGGCAGCUUGCCUAUCACUGUGAGACAUAUUGAGUCUGUAAUUCGGAUGAGCGAAGCGCACGCACGUAUUCAUUUACGAAACCAAGUGAACGAGGAAGACGUGAACCUGGCUAUAAGGACGAUGCUAGAAAGUUUCGUGGAUACCCAGAAGUACAGCGUUAUGAGAGCUAUGAGACAGACAUUCCAGAAAUAUCUAUCCUAUAAGAAAGACCACAGCGAGCUUCUCUACUACAUUCUCCGUCAACUAACCAUGGAUCAGCUCGCCUACAUGCGAGGUCUUCACAAUCAUUCACAGACAACAAUAGAAAUAUCAGAGAGAGAUUUAAUUGAACGAGCGAGACAAAUUAACAUUUCCGACCUAAAACCCUUCUACGAGAGCAGAAUAUUCAAAUUAAAUAACUUCAGUUACGAUCAAAAACGAAAAGUCAUUAUUCAUACGCUCCCCGAAGUGCCAACUGAAUCAUAAAAUUUGAAUAUUGUCAAGGGAGUUAUUUUCGCCGUUUUAUACUCCUAAGUUUUUUUAUUUGUAAGAUUUUUUACGAUAAUUGUUAAUGUUCUGUUUCUUAUGUCAUGUAUUCACAAUUUUUUAUGUAAUAAUUACAAUUUUUUAAGCAUCGUUCUUAAUUGGCGAGACAUUGCGAAUUUUAAGUUUUUCAAGUAAUUGAGUAGAAUCUCAGAUUAUUGAGUACCUUUUGAGGAACCAUAAUUUUGUCAUACAUAUAUCACAAUAAACUUAGAAAGAAUAUUAAAAAAAUUCAUCAAAGUAGGUUUAGAAUAAUUCGAUUUAUUUUUCUUUGUAUUACUAGAAUUUUUUGUAAAAUUAUUCUUUAAGUGCUGUUUGGAUGUAACUGUCAAUCGAUUUAUUCAGCUUUAUGCCAGUAUAUUGUGCCGUAAGGUUUUGAACAAGUUUUUUCUUUCUUUCAAUACUAUCAAAUUGUUAAACACAAUUCACCGAGAAUACUUCUCUGUUGAUAAAUAUUUAUCUGUGAUCAUUGCACCUUCAUUUUUUUAAGGUUUAUUUUUUUAAAUAAUACCCACCUACCCACCAUGCAUACACACAAUUUUUGUUAAUAUAAUUAUGUGCCGUAGAAUAAUAAGUACAAUAUUUCUUGUCAAGUAUUCUGGUAAUAUCAAAUCAUUUGCUGGUUCAAAUUGAAUUUUGUUUUUAUAAUUUUACGAUGUAACGAAAUAAAAAUAUACAUUACCUUA